GAUCGAUGGUAGUGGAGUGAGUAAGAAGAAAAAGAACGCUUAGAUUAAUGAACAUUUUGGUUUUAUCUCAUAACAACAUCACAAAAAAUGGAGCCUCGUCUUUCCGAAAUUUUGCCUGAACUGAAGGACUUAGAUUCAACAUUGAAAUGUGGCAUUUGUUACGACUUCAUGCACACAACUCUGAUUAUUCCAAAUUGUUCUCAUAACUAUUGUUCGUUAUGCAUCCGCAAGUACUUCACAUUCAAACAACAGUGCCCAAUUUGCUCAGAAAAAUUUUUUGAAAAUGAUUUGAAAAGCAAUCGAAUUUUAGAUGACAUAAUCCGGCUUUAUUCUGCGCUCCGGCCUAAGAUUCUGGAUUUAAUGCGGCCAUCAUCUGAUUCCUUGAAGCCAUUCAGUAGUCGCACACAACAAAUAAAAGAACCUGUGGUCAUCAAGGUUCCUACAGAUGAGUUGUCAGUGAAGAAGAAUGAUGUGAAUGAUUUGGUAGUGUUCAAUGUAGAUAAUGAUGAAGAUGAUGAUGAUUUCAACCAAUCAUUUACUUCAACAAAAUUUUCAUCUCAAACAAAUUUUUUGAAAUCUCCAUCAUCGUCGUCCUCAUCUUUAUCGCUGUCAAAAAAUUCCUCGUCAACAAAAGUGCCAUCUAGCGCCAAGUUAACCUCUCCUAAGUCUUCUACUUGGGAAAUUUUAAAUUUAAAAAAAAGUAAAACAAUGGCGAAGGUGAGCAAUGCACCCACACCUGCCACCCACAAAGCUGUGCCUUGUCCAGUUUGUGAAUCUUUGAUCCACCCGAUCAACAUCAACAGUCAUCUCGACCAGUGCUUGAAAAAAAGUUCAAGCAGCAAUUCAACUGAACAAUGUUAUGCAAGUUGUUCAGCAAGCACCAGCAUUGAUGACAGCUAUAAUAACACAAAGAAUGAUAAAUUCAUGAAGGAGAGAUUGGAACAUGAUGCAGUUAUAAUAACAAACACCAACGUGAACAUCCGCAGUGGAGAGGUUGAUGAGAUGGAUGUUCUCAAGGGCAAUGCCACUCAUCUCCAACAACACUCACUUGCAUCGUUUGCAUCCACAUCUUCAAGUCAUCAACAAUUGCCCAAACGGAAGCCACUAACCAAGCUUGUCUUCAACGUUAUGUCUGACAAGGAAAUUAGAAAGAGACUUGUAGAAUAUGGUUUGCCAACAAAUGGAGACAAGCAGAAACUAAUCAAUCGGUUGCAAGAAUAUAGGUUACUGUACAAUGCAGAAUGUGAUGCACUAGAACCCAAGCCAGUUAGUGAAAUAGCCAAAGAGGUUAUGAGAAUGGAAAGCCAGCGAGGAGUUCUCUCGCCCAUCAAGAGUCUGCCAAGUUUGAACAUCAACAAGUCGUCAACAGCUGAACAGGUAGAAAAUGCCCAGAAACUCUAUGUUAAAAAACACAAAUCACAAUUUGCUGAACUGAUUAAAGCUGCGAAGAAAAAUUGGAAAGCAAAAGAAUCAAGUGCAUCAAAUUGUGGAUCCAUCUCCGAAAAUGUCACUGCUGUCUCAACAGUAAGUGGUGGAAAGGAAAGUGAGGGAGAAGAAGAUGCAAAAGAUGUUGGUCGUGCUUCAGACAUAAUCAAAAAUAACAACACUGAUUUGCGUGCUGCUGGGAAUCCGCAAAAUAGGGCUUUUUCAAAUGCAAAGAGGCCAUUGUUUCACAAUUUUGAAAAGGAAAAAAAUUUCAGUCAUAAUUUAAAUGAAUCAAGUACAAUUAAUCAAGUCACACAUUGUACAAAAAUAGUAAGUAAUGAAAGCAAUGGCAAUGUGAAAAGUGAAGAAGAUUUGUUUAAAGCAUCAACUAGUGAUGAAAUUUGUAACGUUGUCACCCACAGUACUAACAACUUAACCUCGAGUGACAUGAAGCUCGAAAAUGAAUUCCAUGAUGUUGUAUCCAAUGAUCUUGUUUACGACACCUUUGAAGAGAAAAAAUGGAUCACAGAUAGCACAAAAGAUGACUUAAUGUUUACAAAUAUUCGAUCAAAUGAUGUAGAAUUAAUAAAUACUCCUAGAACAAGUGAUAAAAUCGAAAAUAUUGCAGAUUCAGAUGCUGAAACAGAAGAUGAACAAGAUUUAAUUAAUUCCCCAAACUCUUCUAGUAGCAGUAGUAAAGCGUCUAACAACGACAUAAACAUUGACUUUGUUAAUUCUAAUAAUAGUAACAGAUCUGCUGAUGGUUGUGAGAAAUUUGAAUCAGCUGUGAGAAUAAAAGAAGAGUCUAAGAGAGGUGUAUGUGUUGAAAGUGCCUCUAAUUAUUCGCCAUCUUUGGACACCUCAAGAUUGAAAUCGUUGAGAUCAGGCAAUCAAAAAAAAUUUGAGAAAAAUAUUGUAAAAUCUGCAGCUGAAAACACAGAAACUAACUGCAAAUUCAGCCCCAUGAAAACGAGAGGCUUAACCAGAAAAAGAAAACAGAAAUCACCUGUGACUUACAAAGAUGGCACUGAUGAUGAUGCUUUUGAAAUUAACAACAGUCCUGACAAACACAGUUCGAUAACAAAUGCAAAAAAUCAUCAACCUUGUCCAAAAAGAAUAAAAUCAUCUCUGAAAAAUUUUUCAUUGCCUGACAUAAACAACUUACUACCGGGCACCGUGACAAAGUGCAGUGCUUAUUUUUUAAACGUUCUUUGUGCCGUAUCGUACGUGGCCGUGGUUACCGUGUGA